GAAACUGUGUGGCUAGUUUUCGCCGGUUUGCUAUCUUGUGUGACCUGCUGUGUCCUCCAACACUCGAGCUUUGACAGCCUGUCGUUUAAGGACAACAACAAUAAAAUCAUGGUUUUUGAGGAGAAGAUGAUCAUAAACGGAGAGCCUGAGGAUGAGGAGGAAGAAGAAGAGGAGGAGGAAGACAUGGUGGAUCCUCUUGAAACAAUGCGACAGAAGUGUGAAGAGACGGAGAAUUGCGCUCACAUUCGCGAGCGUCUGGAGACCUGUGAGACCAGGGUCAGCUCGCGGUCGAAGACGGCAGAGGAUUGUACCGAGGAGCUGUUUGACUUCCUGCAUGCUCGGGACCACUGUGUGUCACACAAACUGUUCCAUUCGGUCAAAUGAAGUGCUCCCUGACAGAUGCAUCGCUGACUGAUGACAUUCUUCAAAUAUUGUACUAUGAGGAGAACAUGGUUUUAAAUAAAUCCAUCUGUGGAUCUGCUGUAUGUUGUACCUUUAAAUGUUUCCUGUACUGUAUCUGCUUGUGUCGAGAAACCAAAGUAGGAGUCAACAUAUCAUUAAAGUGGAUGGCUUGAAAACCUUC